AUGAGUCGCGUCGACGUGCGAGCGUUAAAGGAGGACGAACGAAUCCAAAUCGUCACCAUCUCGGGAAAGGAAACGAGAAACAGUUUAGAUAAGAACAGUUUGAAACUGUUGGCGUCGGCGUUUAUCCUCGCGAAUGAGGAGGAAGAGAACGAGAAGAACACAAAAGCGAGAUGCAUUAUAGUAACCGGCGACGGAGACGAGGCGUUUUCGUCCGGGAUAAACUUACACGCGGCGAAAGAUGUGUUCCAAAUGUCUGAAUUUGAUUACGACGCAGACGUAGUACACGCGAUGGAAAAGUGCGAAAUUCCUAUCGUUUGCGUGGUGAACGGAAUCGCGAUAAACGCGGGGUUUGAAAUCGCAUUAGCUGCGGAUAUCGUGUUGGUAACCAAAAAUGCGGUUUUUAUUGACACGCAUAUGGAUUUAGGCUUACUCCCGUCUUGGGGGUUAUCGACGAAACUUCCGCGAGCGGUUGGCGCCUCCAACGCGAAGUUGGCGAGCGUUUUCGGUGAAGCGUUGAGCGGGGAAGACGCGGUUCGUUUCGGAUUGGCACAAGUGAAGGUAUUUGAGAGUAAGAGUGAGGCUAUGACAGAGGCGAUUCGUUUAGCGAAACAGAUGAUGGAGAAGAGCAGGAGUACAGAGAGAGCUCGAGUCGCUUUGGACAUCAUCGAUAAAGGGUGGGAGAAAUCCUACGGAGAGGCGCGAAAAAUCGAGCGCGAAAAGGCGUUUGCGCAAUACAAAACGCUACCGCUGGAUGAAAUGUUUAAAACGCCUCGAAUUUCUGGAAGAGGAAAAAUGCGGUCAAAACUUUAA